AACGAGGAUGCCAAGGCGCUGUAUGUGGGAAAUUUACACCCAUACGUAAACGAGGCAGUGCUUCAGGACAUCUUUUCCACGCUGGGCACUGUGUCAGAAGUCAGGAUUGUGAAGGACAGAGCCACUGGUAACAGUGCUGGCUCUGCCUUUGUCAAAUUUGAGGACCACCAGGCCGCUGCAAUAGCGCUCAAGACAAUCAACGGCCGCAUUUUAUACAACAAGGAAGUGCGCAUCCAGUGGGCCUUCCAGAAAGAGAAGACAGAGAACACAGCCUCCCAUUCCCACAUCUUUGUGGGCAACCUGAGCGGUGAUGUGGCAGACCCUGUCUUGCUGCAAGCCUUUCAGCACCUUGGCGAGUGCUCUGAUGCCCGUGUGAUGUGGGAUCAUAGCACUGGCCGCUCCAAGGGUUUUGGAUUUGUUUCCUUCAGGACCAAAGAAGCUGCAGAGAAGGCGCUGGCUGAGAUGGACGGGGCUCAAGUGGGGCAGUGGAAGAUCCGGUGCGGCUGGGCACACCACAAGACCGAGGCAGUGACCGGCCUGGAUAUUGACACAGUGGACAGGGCAGAUCCUGCCAACACAAAUGUGUACGUGGGCAACCUGCCCACAGAGGUGAUGGAGGAGGACUUGAGGGCUGCGUUUGGGGCGUAUGGCGAGAUCACCGGCUUGAAGCCCUGCCACAAGGGCGGCUAUGGGUUUGUCACGUACCGCGACCACUCCGCCGCCGUGCAGGCCAUCGUCGGCAUGAAUGGCAAGGAGCUCAAGGGCAAGAUGGUCAAGUGCUCGUGGGGGAGG